AUGGAUUUUCUUGAACCAACAUUAACCUUAGAUGAGACACAUUAUCAAGAGGGUUAUGCAAAUGGGUAUGAAGAUGGCCUGGUAUCUGGAAAGGAUGAGGGGAGGCAGGUUGGCUUAAAGAAUGGUUUCCAGGCAGGCGAAGAACUGGGAUUCUAUCAGGGCUGCUUGGAUGUGUGGAUGUCAGUAAUUCGCCUUGAUCAAGAUGCAUUCUCAGCUCGGGUGAGGAAAUACAUGGAGCAACUAGCUGCACUUGUGAGCAACUAUCCUUUGUCUGAUCCAGAGGAUGAGCAGCUUCAAAGCAUGAUGAGGGAGAUAAGACUGAAAUUCAGCGUUAUCACGGGAAGCUUAGGAGCAAAAUUGGGGUAUGAAGGUCGCCCCACAUCAUCUGAGCAAGACAUCGAGGAUAUGUAG